AUCUUCACUGAACAUUUAAUUAACAAUUAAACAUGGCAGUUAAGUUUGCAUUUUUUGCCGCUUUGGUAGCAGUGGCUAGGGGUGGAGUGAUAGCCGGCCCAGCAGCCGUGGUAGCAGCCCCCCAAGUACUCGCCAAAGUUUCCGAUGCAACUUUUGAUCCAAAUCCACAGUACUCCUUUGCUUACGAUGUCCAAGAUAGUUUAACUGGAGACAGCAAGAGUCAAAUUGAAAGUAGAAAUGGUAAUAUUGUCCAGGGCCAAUAUAGUUUGGUUGAUCCCGAUGGUACUAGAAGGAUCGUGGAUUACACCGCUGACCCAGUGAACGGAUUCAACGCUGUAGUAAGGAAAGCUCCUUUAGCUGUUGCUGCCCCAGUCGUAGCCAAAGCCGUUGCUGCCCCAGUUGUUGCUCCUGCUCCCAUUGUUGACGCAAGGGUACUACCAGCCCCAGCACCAGUGUUAGCUGCGAGGGCGGUAGCUGCUCCUUUAGUAGCUCAGCCAGCCUUUGCCAGGGCUGCUCCAAUCUUAGCGGCUCCAGCUCCUGUGGCUUAUUCCGCUUUUCCAGCAUCUCCACUUGCAAGGUUAGCUGCUCCAGUUAACUAUGCCUACGUUUAAAAAAAUAUCUGCUAAUGAUGGCUGUUUUGUAUAUAUUUUUCUGGUUUCGUUAUCCUAUUUGUAAUGUUUUUUUUUUAAUAAAAUUGCUUUCUUUAGA